CCACACCACGGGACUCGCGAGGUUCUGUUUACGGUACAAUCUACAUGUGAAUGUAUUAGCUUUAGCAAAAGCAGCUGCUGAACACUCCACUCUUUGGAUUUUCAUGCGUAAAGAAAAAAGCCUCUGAUUUGUAACAUUCCCAGAAGUUCAAUGGACAGAAAGCGGUAGACUUUUAUAAAUGUUGAAGAUAUUGAGGCUAUAUCUCACCUGCUAGCAUCACAUACUCCAGUGUAAAGGAUGGCAUUUCCAGCACCACGACCACAGCCUCCACAGCUUCCACAGCACUUGCACCGAACUAUAGAUUGUCAACAAGGAGCCGUCAGAGCUGUGCGUUUCAAUGCCGAUGGAAACUACCUGUUGACUUGUGGCAGCGACAAGUCGUUGAAGCUUUGGAGUGUCAGUAGGGGAACCUUACUAAAGGCCUACUGUGGCCAUGGUUACGAGGUGCUGGAUGCAGAUGGAUCUUACGACAACAGCCAGGUCUGUUCCUGCAGUUCAGACAAGACGGUGAUCCUAUGGGAUGUGGCAUCAGGACAAGUGACCCGCAAACUGAGAGGCCACGCCGGAAAAAUCAACUGCGUGCGGUUCAAUGAGGAAGCUUCGAUAAUUCUGUCAGGUUCCAUUGACGGGACCGUACGAUGCUGGGACACCCGCUCGCAGAGAAUGGAUGUGAUUCAGAUUCUGGAUGACGCCCGGGACGGCGUCAGCAGCCUCAAGGUGCUGGAACAUGAAGUUCUAACUGGAUCUGUGGAUGGGAGAGUGAGACAUUAUGACCUGCGGAUGGGACAACUCAAUGCAGACUUCAUCAACAGCCCCAUCACCUGCGUGUGCUUCAGUCAGGACGGCCAGUGCACCCUCUCCUCCAGCCUCGACUCCACGGUGCGCCUGCUGGACAAGAACACCGGCGAGAUGCUGGGAGAGUACACGGGUCACCAGAACAAGAGCUACAAGAUGGACUGCUGCCUCUCCAGUAAAGACACCCACGUGCUGAGCUGCUCGGAGGACGGCCACGUGUACUACUGGGACCUCGUGGAGGGAUCAGUCACGUUGAAGCUGCCCGUUGGGAAAGGGGUCGUCCAAUCGCUGUCUAUUCACCCUACGGAGCCCCUCCUCCUUACUGCUACAGAGGGGCGUGUUCAGGUUUGGGGGGCGGAACCAGAGGACACAGAGGAUGGAGCCAUGGAGCCUUCAGAAUGAUGUAGAAUAUUACUCUUAGUUUGGAAAGGAAUCUAGAUCAUAGUUGAUUUUCAGUGACACCUGAAAUCUCAGGCAAAUAUUUUGUGAAUAUUUAGUUUACAUACCUAUUUGUAAAGCCAUGAAUAAAGUUCUUUUUAUAUAUAAAA